ACGACGUACGCUCGAUUCUUCGAAGAUUUUGUGCGGGAAAAUUUUCGACUCUUUCUCUUUCUCUUCGAUCACGAAUUUUCUUGUAAUAUUUUUGGCCGUGAAAAGAAUGAGAGGGUACACGGUGGACAGAAAGAUCUCCGAUCGAAAAACCUGGAUGGGGAUCGUGACGAUAUUCGGGGUGCUUUACGCGAAUGGAAUCGUGUGUGCACACCCUGUAUACGAAAGAGUUGCGCGCGAAAACGCAAUGAGCAUGUACGAUACGUUGUUAAAUUUUUCGAAAAUGGGAGAGAUCGGUGCGGCGGCAGAGGAAUUGAAUGAAGAAAUAUCAGAAGCGAGUAAAGAACGAUACAAACGAUUAUCGGAUCAAAGACGAGCAGAACUAGAGACCUUGAUGGCGCUUUCCAAAAUGACGGGAAAAUUGAUGAAUGUGAUCAGGGGAGGGCGUCAAUCGCAAUCAAGCAAGACCAAUGAUCGCAAAAAACGAUCCACCUUCGAUAUAAACAUGAAGAAUCUGCAGAAACUCUUCAGAUUAUCGGGCAAAUUAGGAUACAAAGGAAAUGCUGCGUAUCCAAUUAUCAGUUGAGACUAUGGAAAAUUACAAAUAAUAUUGGAAUGAAUUUAUUAUUUGUCUAAGAAGAUACAUCAAGUCAAAAAAGGAUGACCCUGGCAUAAAGAAGAAAACAAAGAAAUUUGAUGUAUCGUCUCGUUGUGAAAAAUUAUCAUCGAAUCAUGAAUCAGUUUCAUUAAAAAUCAUCAUC